UUCCACCUCCCGUCAUCCUCUCAGAACGAGAGCUGAGGGGCAGACAGAGGCGGCGUACACACAAGCGUUACUAUAUUUGACAACACACACACACACACACACAUACACACACACACACGCACGACUGCACAGGCAUAGGGAGGCGGGCACACUGGAAAAAACAAGUGUAGACGCACACAUCCUCGGACGUGUGCAGGAAUCACAAAGCCGGAGCGUGACGCCAGCACCUUCUCUUCCUCUGUCCUCACACACACGUCUCGGAUGGAGGACGGCAUUGGACGUCUCAUUCCAGCAAGGAUCGGACUGGAAGACGUGGAUUAAACCAUCUCCAUCCCUUCUUAGAUUCCUCUCGUUCUUCCACAAUCCCUCAUUCCCUUCAUCUCCAAGAGCUCCGAAUGCAAGCAGGGGGAUUGUCUUUAUACAUAAAGAAGGAUUAUUCUUGUUUUUUUUUUCCUGCAGGAUUUUCAACAUAUGGAUUCCCUUUUUCUCUAUAACUGCUUGCCUUAAAUUAUAGGGAUAUUUUUUUUCCGUGAGUGAUGUCGCUGUAAGGCUCUGAAAUAUUUAGUCCAGAGGUGUUUGGGCCCAGCAAGCCGCAUUCGCCACCCUUGUGGAGGCCACAGGCAUGGCCGCUUGACACCUCCCACUACCACCGCCUCUCCAUCAGAGGAAGCUGUGCGCCAUGGCCCCUCACAGCCACUCCCCCGGGGGCGUCGGGGCGUCCGGACCUGCUGUCCUCUGCCUGCUGGUGGCGCUCUUCAAGUCGGCUACCCCAUGCCCCGCCCCCUGCGUCUGCUCCUCAGAGGGCCUGGUGGUGGACUGCGGGGGAAGAGGCCUCACCUCCCCGCCUCCCUUGCACCUCCUGCCUCCGGGGAGCCGCUUCCUCUCACUGGCCAACAACAAGCUCGCCUCGCUGGGAGCGUCUGCCCUGGCUAACCUCUCCUCUCUGGAGGAGCUGGACCUGUCCAACAACUACCUUGACAAUUUGCCAUCUGGAUUAUUUCGAGACAUGAUCAAUCUGACCAAACUGACGCUACACAACAACUCCCUGACGGUCAUGGACAAAGAUCUCUUCCAGGUAAUCACUGCAUACACUCUUGUGGGAUGUAAAAAUAGAGAUAACCUAAGAGAGGAAUGGCCUCAAUGUGUUCUGCAGGGUUUGGGGGGUCUCCAGAGUCUGGAUCUAUCACUAAACGGUCUAGCUUCUGUUCCUUUGGGAAUCCUGGACGAGUUGCAGAGUCUCAGGUGGCUGUCCCUGGCUGGUAACCGGCUUCACGGUUUGGAAAGGGCAGCGUUCGAGCCCCUGGCUCACCUCCAACACCUGGAACUGGGACAAAACCCCUGGGAAUGCGACUGCAACUUGCGAGAUUUCAAGCACUGGAUGGAAUGGCUUUUGUACAGAGGCGGCAAGGUGGACGCGGUGGAGUGCACGCUACCCAAAGAACUGAGGGGGCGAGACAUCCGUGGCGUUCCCGUGGAAAUGUUCGACUACUGCCUCCAGCUUGAAGAUGAGAACGGAGGAGUAGGAGGAGGUGGUAGUUCUCCCUGCAGCAGGAGCAACCUUAACCCCAGCGGUGCACCACCAAUUUCUGGUGGUGAUGACUCCUCUACAAAUUCAGGAGGAGGAGGAGGUGGUGGUGGCGGAGAGGCUCCUGCGGAUUGCGUGCGUGCCCGCUACCGGCCUGUGAGCGUGCGGCGCGCCAUCGGCACGGUGGUGAUCGCCGGCGUGGUGUGCGGCAUCGUUUGCAUCAUGAUGGUGGUGGCCGCCGCGUACGGGUGCAUCUACGCUUCUCUCAUGGCUAAGUACCAAAGGGAGCUGAAGAAGAGGCAGCCGCUCAUGGGAGACGGCGAGGCGGAUGGGGACGACCGGGAGGAGAAGCAGAUCUCCUCGGUGGCGUAGAGGAGAGGCUACGAGGGACAAGUUAGCUAAAGGGCUCAAGGAGGAGAAACAGAAAGUCAUCCUUCCAUGUCUUCCUUUUUCAAUCUGUGUUCCACCAACCUUCAUUCUCCUCUUUCAAAGCCUGCAUAUAUUUUUUUAGCAGUCAUCUCGCCUACUAACCACCUACUGAUGCAGCUGCUGAACCAGCAUGGUGGAGACAGCAAGACUAUCAUAUGCAAACUAUCAUCACAACAUGGAUGAUGGCGUUGAUGGCCGGGGACUAUGGAGUGUGCAGUUGAUGGGACCAAUGUCCAGAUACAUGAAUGUGAUCAAACCCCCUCGUUUUGAGGCUUGUCUAAGCCUCCAAAGAAGUCACCUAAACAAAGUUACAUUGAAGUAUAUCACAUUUAUACUCAUCUGAAAAGCAGUAGGAAGAAACUGAGCUUAACUGAAGCUCAUGAGUCAACAUAAAGUAUCGACUGUUUUGCCGCAGACAGAUAUUUCAGCUUCUCUCUGGACCGUCUCAGGACCUACAUUGACAUAAAAUUGAUGUACAGUGGUGCCUUGGUUAAAGUCAUUAGUCUGUUCUACUCAAACCAAAAUGGACUCUAACCAAAACAUAUUUUCCCACAGAAAAUAAUGUAAAUCUAAUUUAUAUGUUCCAGAAACUCAAAAAUGUUAACACAAAACACAUUUUUUAGACAAUAAAUAUAGUUCUAAAUUAUGAAAAAAUCAUGAUAACCUAGCCUUGACACAUUCACACACCUCUGAAAUGACAACGGUCUUAAAAAUUUAAGUCGAAAAAUUUGGAGGUCUUGAACGCUUGUCUCGGUACGGUCCAUCGCCUUUGUCGUUUUGUGCGGCAUGAGUUUGUGGCAUCGUGUAUCGCUCUACAACUCUGAUACAAACAUCUUAAAUAUCCAGAUAAUUGAAUGUGAUAAAACGCCUCGUUUUGAGGCUUGUCUAAGCCUCCAAAAUGCCCGUAGGGAUGUUAGAAGUCACCUAAAUAAAGUUACAUAGACGUAUAUCACAUUAAUACUCGUUUGAAAAGGAGUAGGAAGAAACUGAGCUUAACUGGAGCUCAUGAGUCAACAUACAGUAUCUACUGCUUUGCCGCAGACAUGAUGUUCAGAUAUUUCAGCUUCUCUCCGGACCGUCUCAGGACCUACAUUGACAUAAAAUUGAGGUACAGUGGUGCCUUGGUUAAAGUCAUUAGUCUGUUCUACUCAAACCAAAAUGGACUUUAACCAAAACACAUGCAAAAAUCAUGAUAACCGAGCCUCGCCGACACAUUCACACACUUCUGAAAUGACAAUGGUCUUAUUUUUAAGUCGAAAAAUUCUGAGGUCUUGCACGGUUGUCUCUGUACGGUCCAUUGCCUUUGUGUUUUGUGCGGCCCAUGUGUUUGUGGUAUUGUGUAUCGCUCUACAACUCUGAUACAAACAUCCUAAAAGGCCGGCAUUCGUCUUGUGUGGGUGAUCCAACAUGGCAGCGUAAACAAACCGGGUGAAUACAAGCCAAGGCAAAAUUUUGGUUGUUAACCAAAAAAUUUUGUGGACUUUAACCAAGGUACCUCUGAAAAACUUCGUCUUUUUUGACCCACGGGGGGUCAAAGUCUCCCGCAAAGAUCCAUUUAGUGACUUUCCAGCACUUUAUCUCUCUAAUCACCUUGUCUACAUUUUCUCCCCUUUUAUUUUCUACAACUUUACGGAUGCGUUAAUGUGUGUUAAAAGAGCUAACAAGGGAUUGAUGCUGCUAUUACCCCCCCACCCAUCCCUUUAUCUUUCCAUUCAUCUUUCUAUCUACAGUAUAUAUGAAGAGGCACCCCUGCCCCCAUCUAUCCAUAGGCAAUACGCAAUGGAAGAGGAUUUGAUUGACUUUAAAAACUUUAUUUAAAACUUUCAUUGCAUAUUGCACUCUGUCCCCUCUUAUUUUAAUUGGCGGUUGAUAAAGCUGUAAUAAUAAUAAUAAUAAUAAUAACCAUGUGUUAUAUAUCUAUAUUAACCUCUACCACAUGUUACCAAUGCACAAUGUUUGUCCUUUGUUGUGUAUGUUUUCUUGCUCAUUAGCGUUUCAUUUCAUUGUGCUUCGUGUUUUGACAGGGUUUGAUUGCCCAAAUAGGUGGAGAAUAUGUGGCCAUGUUUAGUCAUAUUGGACAAAUUUGAUGUAAAACUGCAUAAACAGUAAGGUCCAAAGUCUGUCCAAUGAAACCUCCUGGUCUGAAGGUCUCGUGCUGUUGCUAGCUAAGUAUCUUAGCUCUUAUAGCCCGUGCGUGCAAGAAUAAUAAAUUCUAGUUUGGUACUUUCACUGCCCAAAGCUGGGUAGUGGUGGUGAUGGUGAUGUGUUGUUGUUAUGAUGAUGAUGAUAAAAGAAGCAUUUCCUGGUACAUAUGCAUUGACUGGAAUAAAAACAUAUCACACCGACUUGUGUCUAUUUGAUGAGACAAACACAGAGAAGUUAUAAUAUAAGUGAGUAAACCCACACAGGGAGUUCAUGUUUAUCCUGUUCUUUCAAAACACCGUCCUUCUCAUCUCCUCUGGCUUUAUCUGUUGUCCAUUUAUCUUCCUGACACAUCUUUCCUCAUCAUUUGGAGUGUUUUCACCUUGCUUUUUUUCCGACACAUCUGUGCCCCUUUUUGUCUGAUAUCCUUUUUGUCCUUCUCUUUUUAAUUACAACCGCUAACCUACCUUUGGAUUCCUGUGUCUGUUCUGAGGGCAACAUUUUCAGAAAGCUCCACGCUCCGUUCUUCUUAUUUAGAAUAUAAUGAGGCUCUGACAUUUUUACAUUGGUGUUGUUCAUUAGCGACUCUUAAUUGACCAUAGAUAUGAAUGUGAGGGUGAAUGGUUGU